AUGUUCCGAAUAGGCUCAUUUGGUGACUUUGAUGACAUUUAUGAAGGAUACGACGAAAAUGAUGUCACCUACUAUAAUUCUUUUCUCAACGGGCCAUAUUACGGCUAUGGAUUUCAGUUUCUCACUGAUGAAGAGCGAGUGUUCCUCAACGCUGCCUACCUGGGCGAUGUGGGCAUCGUACGUCAGUCCCUUGAGGACUCAGCAGAAAGCUCCCUCAAUGUUAACUGCGUAGAUUACAUGGGCAGGAACGCCCUACACCUCGCCAUAGACUCAGAAAAGCUGGACGUCAUAGAGAUUCUUUUGGACAACCUCAGCUUCAACUGCAUCGAGGAAGCAUUGUUGCACGCAAUCUCCAAGGGCGCCACCAAAAUUGUCAAAAUCAUCAUCGAACACCCGAACUUCAUGGCUGGAGAAGACAAAUUAAGACGUAUGGGUGGUGGAGACGCCUUUUUCAGACUUGAGGAGAAAAGUCAGUUUCCACCGGAUAUUACGCCUCUGAUACUUGCAGCUCAUUACAACAAUCAUGAGAUUAUCCAGAUGUUCUUGUCCAGAAACCAUACCAUCGAAAAACCACACCCCAUCUCCUGCAAGUGCCAAGAUUGUGUAACGAAGCAGAACUAUGACUCUUUAAAAAGGUCUCGGUCGCGGUUGAACGCGUACCGGGCUCUAGCCAGUCCUGCCUACAUGGCCUUGUCCAGCCCGGACCCAAUCAUGACGACGUUUGAGCUCAGGCAGGAGAUGAUGAAGCUUGCAGAAGUGGAGAAAGAAUUUAAG